GUGAGUUUAAAAUACAAAAACGGUACAAAAUAUAAAAUUUAUUUAUUUAAAAUGAUUUCUAGCACAAAAUUUUUCUUAUUUUGUUUAAUAAUAAUUUGCCUUAAAGGAAACGUUCAACUUUUACAAAUUAAAACAACUAAUUAUCAAAAUCAAUCGGAUUUAAUUGAUUCCAGUUCGGUAACUUCUUCAGAUGAUAAUCAUUUAUUAGAAAGCGAAUUAAAAAAUGCUAAUAUAGCGUUAGAAAAGAAUAAUAUUUGGUUGGCAAAAUUAAGAGGGAAAAAUCUCGAUGAUAUUCCAUUAUUAAGUACAAUAACAUUAAAGUAUGAAAUUAAGGAUAUUAUAAAAUUUAUGAAAAGUGUAAAAGAUAAUUUAAGAAAGAAUUUUACAAAAAUUGUAUCAUCAUCAUCAUUAAACCAGAAUUUAAUAAGGCAAUAUGAAUUUAUUGCAAAACUAGAUUACAAUGUUUUGCCAUUAUUAGAAACUUUUUUAAUAAAUGACAUUUUAGAACAAAAUAAAAUUGAAAUGAAUUUUUGUAGUUUUAACCAUUCUGACAGUAAUUGUACUUUAAAUGGAAAAGAUUUAUUUAACAUAAUUACGGCGAGCGACGAUGUAGAAAUAUUAAAUUUUUAUUUCGUGCAAUUCAUGGAAAAACUUGGAAAAAAUAAAAUGGAAAAAUAUACAGAGUUUUUGAAACUUUUUAACAACGCAGCUAAAUUAAAUGGUUUCGAGAAUGCCAAUGAAAUGUUAAAAUUUCCCUAUGAAUUGAACAAAAAAGUAAAUGGCAGCAAUAAUUAUAUUGAUGACAUAUUAAAAUCAAUUAUGGAUGAAAUUAAACCAUUUCACCGUCAAUUGUACGCCUAUAUACGCCAUCACUUACAGAAAAAAUUCAACACAGUCAAUGAAACUUUAAUAAGAUACGAUGGACCAAUACCAGAUUAUUUACAUCAGAAAUUAAUUGCAAAUACUUAUGCAGAUGAUUUACAAUUUUUUGAAUUUAAACCGGUAAAUGAAUAUGAUUCUUUACGAUAUAAAAAUGCAACAAAAAUGUUGGCAGAUAUUAAAUCAAAGUAUCAAAGUUUCGGAUUCGAAAUUGGAAAAAUGCCGCUUUCCGUGAUUAUUGGUGAAAAUUGGUCACAUCCAAAAUUCGAUGAUUCUUAUGGCAGAAAGGAACUAAAAUUGAAUAUUGGGUUAAACGCGACCGAAAAUCAAUUCUAUGAAACAUUUUUAGAAUAUUUUAAAUAUUUGGAAUUCACCUAUGGAUACUCCCAGCCAUGGAUAUUUAGAAAAUUACUUCCAAGAGCUUUUAGCACUAGUAUAGCAAAUGCUUUAAAACAUUCUUUGGAAAAUAUAACAUUAAAUGAUGUUGAUACAUCAAGCAUAAAUAUAUCUAAUUUAAAUCGAUUUAUUACUAAGGCAAUUCAAAAUAUUUUUGGCAUUCAAUCUAAAUAUGUCACAAGCCAAACAAUUAAAUGUUUGCAAACAAGAGAAUUAAAGAAUGAAACUUGUGAAUUUUGGUCUAAAAAACUAGAGUUUCAAGGCAUUUCAACAAAUAGAAUUGAUAGUAAUUCAGAAGUAUUGGCAUGGAAGUUGAAUGCAUGGAACGAAGAUGAUUAUGGUGACAUAAUAUCAAUUAUUUUAGGUUUUCAAAUAUAUGAAGGUCUUUGUGAAAAGAUUGAUAUAAAGAUCGAUAAUCUUUCUAAUUGUGAUUUUUCUGGAAGAACAAAAAUUGGUCAAACAAUUAAGAAAAUUUUUAUGGAAGGGUCAUCGAUCUCAUGGAAAGAGCAAAUUAAGAAUUUACUUCCAAAAGAUCAGCAAAAUAAUGAAGCAAUACUGUCAGCUAAAUCAAUGUUAAAAUAUUUUCAACCACUUUAUGAAUGGUUAGAAGAAUACAAUAAGAUAAAUAAUGUGGAAAUCGAAUGGAAUUUUUAAGUCUUGCACAUGCCUAAGUUUUUCUCUCACGUAUUUUAGUUUUUAUUUUUAUUUAUUUUGCAAUAGUUUUUUGUAAUUUUUUUUAUUGUAUGUAAGUAUUUAAUUUUAUUAAAUUUCAAAAUCAUUCUUCUAA